UAUUUAUAGUUUUUCCUAGGAAUUUGAACCAAUAUUACGGCCUGAAAAUGUCGGAAGCAUCUUGCUAUACUAUUAUCAAUGCACAGGAAACGGAGCCCUACAAUGAGAUGCAGCUGAAACUGGACCUUGAAAAAGGCGAGCUGAAUGUAAAAAUAGACACAUUAAAGAGGGUGAUCCAGCUACUGUUAAACGGGGAGCGUCUGCCGAGCCUUCUGAUGACCAUCAUCCGGUUCGUACUUCCACUGCAAAAUCACACAAUCAAGAAGUUGUUGCUGAUUUACUGGGAAAUCGUGCCGAAGACUUCGCCGGAUGGCAAGUUGCUGCAGGAGAUGAUUCUGGUGUGCGAUGCAUACCGCAAAGACUUGCAACACCCCAACGAGUUCCUUCGGGGAUCUACUCUGCGAUUUUUGUGCAAGCUAAAGGAGCCGGAACUUCUGGAACCACUAAUGCCCGCUAUUCGAGCUUGCCUGGAACACCGCCAUUCGUAUGUUAGAAGAAAUGCCGUGCUCGCUAUAUUCACCAUCUACAAAAACUUCGAAUGGUUGGUUCCAGACGGGCCGGAAUUGAUUGCAAACUUUUUGGAUACGCAGCAGGAUAUGUCAUGCAAGCGAAAUGCGUUUUUGAUGUUGUUACACGCCGACCAGGAAAGAGCGUUGAACUACUUGGCUUCAUGCCUUGAUCAGGUGAACAACUUUGGUGACAUCCUGCAGCUGGUCAUUGUGGAGCUGAUCUACAAGGUGUGCCACGCCAAUCCUGCUGAGAGAUCUCGUUUCAUUCGCUGCAUUUACAAUUUGUUAAAUUCUUCCUCGAACGCAGUUCGCUAUGAAGCAGCUGGAACAUUGGUCACGCUCUCGACAGCUCCGACGGCGAUCAAAGCAGCUGUCAGCUGCUAUAUCGAGUUGAUUAUCAAGGAAAGUGAUAACAAUGUGAAACUGAUCGUGCUUGAUCGCUUGAUUGCAUUGAAGGAGAAUGAAAAUAUGGAAAGAGUAAUGCAAGAAUUGGUGAUGGACAUUCUUCGGGUUCUAUCCGCCACUGAUAUAGAGGUCCGUCGCAAGACGCUAACUCUGGCUAUGGAACUGGUUUCGUCGAGAAAUAUUGAAGAAAUGGUGUUGGUACUCAAAAAGGAAGUUUCCAAGACUCACAACAUCGAACAUGAGGACACCGGGAAGUACCGCCAACUUCUGGUUCGAACUCUUCACAGUUGCUGCAUCAAAUUCCCUGAUGUCGCUGCCACUGUAAUACCCGUACUUGUGGAAUUCCUUUCGGAUUCUAAUGAGCUAGCCGCCGCGGAUGUGCUAAUAUUUGUCCGGGAAGCUAUUCAGAAGUUCCCUCAUCUGCAGGAACUUGUGAUCGAAAAGCUGUUGGAGGCUUUCCCUGCUAUCAAGUCUUCGAAAAUCCAACGGGCAGCACUCUGGAUCCUUGGAGAGUAUGCCACUUCGCCGAAGGAUAUCAUGGAUGUGAUUGCCAUAGUUAAUCAAACCCUGGGUGAGGUACCCAUUGUCGAUGCCGAGCAGAGACGGCUGGCCGGCGAUGAAAAGGAGAACGAAGAAAAUAAAGCACCGAAUGCAGGAGGCGUCCCAAACAACAAGGUCACGUCGGAUGGAACGUACGCAACGCAGAGCGCUUUCAGUGUUGCUCCUGUUUCCAAAAAGGUGGAACGGCCUCCACUGCGCCAAUAUCUAAUGGAUGGAGAUUUUUUCAUCGGUGCAACACUUGCCUCCACUUUAACCAAACUGGUACUGCGAUUCAUUGACAUGGAACCAAACGAAAAGAAGCAGAACCGCCUAUGCACCAGCGCUAUGUUGAUUAUGAGUUCGAUUCUCCACUUAGGUAAAUCCGGCUUGCCAACGAAGGCCAUCACCAACGACGACAUGGAUAGGAUUUUCCUCUGUCUGAAAACUCUCAGCCAACGAACGCCGGAUGUGAUUCAGAUUUUCAAACAAUCCUGUCGGGAUGCUUUGGCUGGCAUGUUGAACGCACAGAAUGCUGAGGAGCAGCAAACGCAAAAGGAUAAGCAGAAAACGGCCGCCAAAAUCCAGCCGGAUGAUCCGAUUGCUUUUACUCAGCUGGCCAACGGAAAGAACGAUCAGUUGGGCGAGAAUGUUUUCGAGUCGAGUUUGAAUCAAGCUCUGGCCGGUACGAAAAGCACCACACUAUCUGAUGUGGCUUCUCCAAAUAACAAGUUGAACAAAGUCACUCAACUGACGGGCUUCUCGGACCCUGUUUAUGCCGAAGCCUAUGUUCAUGUCAAUCAGUACGACAUUGUGUUGGACGUGUUGAUUGUGAAUCAGACAAGCGACACGCUCCAAAAUUGCACCCUUGAACUGGCUACGGUUGGAGAUUUGAAACUGGUGGAACGGCCUCAUCCCGUGGUUCUGGCGCCGCACGAUUUUUGCAACAUUAAAGCCAACGUCAAGGUUUCGUCGACGGAAAAUGGGAUCAUUUUUGGGAACAUUGUGUACGAUACGACCGGUUCUUCAAAUGUGGUAGUGCUGAACACCAUCCACAUCGACAUAAUGGAUUAUAUCCUGCCCGCGAGCUGCACUGACACUGAAUUCCGUACCAUGUGGGUUGAAUUCGAAUGGGAGAAUAAAGUAUCGGUGAAUACCACCCUUACCGAUCUGCACGAGUAUCUGAAAAUGCUAUUAAAAUCGACCAACAUGAAGUGUCUCACGCCGGAGAAGGCUCUUUCGGGACAGUGCGGUUUCAUGGCGGCCAACAUGUACGCCAGAUCGAUUUUCGGAGAAGACGCUUUGGCUAAUUUGAGCAUCGAGAAACCGUUUGAUCGUCCUGAUGCACCCGUGACGGGGCACAUUAGGAUACGUGCCAAGAGUCAGGGCAUGGCUCUGAGUUUGGGAGAUAAAAUCAAUCACACCCAAAAGUGUCUACAGGAAAAACCGGCUGCGGCUUAGAAUUUCGUUUUCUUAAUAAAAAAAUGAUCAUCCACUUAGACGAACGAAAGUACUACAGAAACAAAAUAUAAUGGAUCAUAGUGUGUAGAUUCCAUUUCUUUAUAAUAUGCAUAGUAUUAGAAAAAAACUAUCAAAUGACGUGCAAAGUGUUUAUUACGCAAAAAAGGAAAUUUAUAAAUACAAACACACACUUUUACCUAAAAAUGCAUUACAGAAUAUUCCGGUAAGUAAAAACUCUUGCAUGAAGUUAUUGUUUACGCAAACUAUUGACUAUUAAUAUAUAUUCCACAUUAUGCGAAA